UGGGUGCUGCUGGCGACGCUCUGUGACGUGCUGUUCUCGCUGUGCUGCACCUACUACAUGGAUGGUCUGAUGGUCGUGAUGGCUGCGGUGACGGUCGGCAACUUGAACCCGUACGACUUUGACAGACAGACCCACGUCUGGCUCCAUGGGCUGGCCGUCCAGGCGCUCUCCUACUACAACAGCCAGUCCUUCAUCCUCGCCCACCACUUCUUCGUCUUUCUGGUGAUGCUCAACAGCUAUAUGAGUAUCGCCAUGUGUCAACAUCAAUUCGUCCGUACCCUCCUCGACACGAAAAAACGCUGGCAUGCCUCGAUCGUGAUGGCCAUCGUCUCGACGGUGAUCUCGCUGUUCUUCUUCUUUGAGGUACUGUUUCCU